AAGAUUGAUAUACCUACGUUUUUAUUGGAAGAAUCUUAACUAAGUUGCAUAAGUUAUUGACCAAUUAUAUCAAUCAUUAAUUUCUAACUGAUUAAUCAAGCAAAUAAAAUGUUACAGCCACCUUUCUAAUCAAUCAACUUUUAUCUCACAUUCAUUGUAAGUAAACUUCAAGCACACGUAACAAGUGAUCAUGAUUAACAUCAAAGGAUUUGAAACUGCAAAUUAUAUGGAACUGAUAACAGUAGAACGAGUAUAGAUUGUGAAGUAUUCGUAGCAUCCAUAAAAUUAUCUUGUCACGCUCAGUGAAUUCAAGGGUUACACAACGCAUGAUAACUAUUGACAUACCGAACGAAGUCGUUGACUGAAGAAUCUAAGUAGCUAUGUUCUCGAAUUGUUUGAAAAAGGAUAAAGUAAUUGCCAGCAACAUGGCUUCUAUAACGUUUGGGAUAUUGACAGUAAGCGAUACCUGUGCUAGUGGUGAUAAAGAUGACACCAGUGGUCCAGAACUGGAACGCUUGGUUACUACAGAGCAAUCGCAUGAUGGAAGACUUAUCAAAGGCCAGGUCAUAUGUAAAACUGUGGUGCCUGAUGAUGAAUUUCAAAUUAUGGCUACUUUGACACGAUGGUCUGAUGUUUUCAAAGUAAAUGUAAUUCUUACUACUGGAGGUACCGGCUUUGCAUUAAGGGAUAUUACUCCAGAAGCUACGGAAAAAGUUCUCGAAAAGAAAGCACCUGGAUUAUCAACUGCUAUGCUCAUGGCUAGCUUGAAAGCAACUCCUAUGGGAAUGUUAUCCAGAUCAGUUUGUGGCAUUCGCAAAAAGACUCUGAUCAUUAAUUUGCCUGGUUCAACAAAAGCUGUUAAAGAAUGCUAUGAAGCUAUUGCUGGAGUAAUUUCGCAUGCUGUUGACUUGAUUCUAGAGGAGAAAAGCAAGAUUAUUAAGACUCAUGAGCAAAUACAGGGAGCUCAUCAACAUCAUCGUUGUUCUCAUCAGCACUCUGCUGUUUCUGCGGCCCGUAUCACAAGCGUUGCUGACAGACUUAGGGAAUCUCCAUAUACUAUGAUUUCUGUUGACGCAGCUCUGGAGAUCAUAAAUAAAUCAUUGCAAAUCUUAGAUGCGGAAAUUCUAGAGGUUUGGGAUGCUUAUGGCCGAGUAAUAACUGAUGACAUUUAUUCCUACUGCGAUUUACCUCCAUUCCGAGCUUCUAUAAAAGAUGGAUAUGCCGUAUUUACCUCCGAUGGUAAAGGACGGAGGCAUGUCCUCGGUGGUACCGAAGCUGGACAAACUCCAGGUUCUCUACACCUCGUGCCAGGAACAUGUGUGAGGGUGAAUACUGGAGCACCAAUUCCUGAGGAAGCAACGGCAGUUGUACAAGUUGAAGAUACUAUGCUUAUUGAAUCGAGUACUGAUGGAAUGGAGGAAAAGGAAAUCGAAAUAUUAAUUGAGCCAAAAGAUGGACUCGAUAUCAGGCCUAUUGGAAGUGAUAUCGAAAAAGGAACUCUCAUCUUGAAAGCACAGACUAAAAUCGGUGCAGCUGAAAUGGGAAUUUUAUCUGCGUGUGGGUGCACCAAGGUGAGAGUAACGAAAUUGCCAACGGUUGGAGUUUUAUCCACAGGUAACGAAUUACAACAAGCCGGAGAACCACCAAAGCCAGGACACGUUUACGACAGCAAUAAAAUUACUCUUAUGAUGAUGCUGAGAGAAAAUGGGUACAGUCCACGAGACUUUGGUAUUGCUAUAGAUGAAGAGAAUGCAAUGAUCAGCGCUUUAAAGGAUGCAUUUCAAGAAGUUGAUGUGCUUCUGACUUCUGGUUCCGUUUCAAUGGGCGAUAAGGAUAUGCUAAAGCCGAUCUUAGAGCACGUUUUCAAAGCUACUAUCCAUUUUGGGCGAGUUAAUAUGAAACCAGGGAAGCCAACAACAUAUGCUACUUGCGAAUAUAACAAGACGAAGAAAUACAUAUUGUGUUUACCUGGUAAUCCUGUCUCCGCAACAGUAACUGCUCAAUUGUUUGCGUUACCUUUGCUCAAGCGCCUCAGUGGUGAUUUCUCCAAGCCCGUUGUUGUCAUAGCCAAGCUACUUAGUUCCUACAAACUAGACCCACGACCGGAGUAUGCUAGAGCUAUCUUAGAAUGGAGCAAUGACGACCCUAUUCCAAGAGCAUAUAGUACAGGUAAUCAGAUCAGUAGUAAGCUGCUCAGUUGUAAAAACUCCAAUGCCUUAUUGAUGCUGCCGGGAUGGACCAAGGAAAAAUCAGAAUUGAACAAAGGAGACCUAAUUAAGGCACGCCUGAUCGGAUUUAAUCAAAACUCCGUAUAAAAUGGGCAAAGAGAAAGUGACCAGGCGUGUAUUGUUUUUAUACAAUCUUUGAUGGCAAUAAAUUUUCAUAACACAACAA